GGACAUCGAACACGAUAUUAUACGACCUUAUGUGUUGAGAACUUAAAUACGUUACUUAAUACUGCGCACUUCAUUCAGACUAUAGCUUCGUCAUAAUGAAAAUUCACCAUAGUAAACAGAUGCGCCCACCUGGUCUGUGGGAAUGAUUUUUGGAAUCUUGACAGUUUUUAAUAUUAUUUCCUUCACAAUAACCAAGUCACUUGAUGCUCUGUGGCAAGAAAGUUCAUGGGAUUCUACCUGGGAUACAUGGUGGCAUUACAAAGAAGGUGUAAUAGGAGGUCCAAGUAACUGGGGGCAGACGGCGCUCAUGGCUAUUACCAGUGACAUUUGGUCAGCUUGCUAUCAAGGAAAAAUGCAAUCACCAAUCAAUAUCUCUACAAAGCAUUUAGUAUUUGAUACUAAUUUGGAACCCAUAAAAAUACUAGGCUUAGAUAAACAGAUUGACGUGGAGAUAGUGAAUACUGGACAAGAUUUACAAAUGAAAUUUCUUGAUUCCACAACAAUAAUUAUAUUCAGUGAAGGACCAUUGGUAUAUGACUACAAGCUGUUUGGUGCUAUUAUAAAAUUUGGUUCAAGAUCAAGUCGUGGUUCAGAUCAUCAAAUUGACGGUAUUGCGUUUCCGGCGGAGCUACAAUUAUAUGCAUUCAAUUACAUUUUAUAUCCAAAUUUUUCUGUUGCACUAUCUAAACCGAAUGGGUUGGCUGUAUUGUCUAUCUUCUGUCAAGUCGGUGUUCAGUCGUCAGCUGAUUUGGAAGCUAUAUUUUCUAUAGCAGAUCAUGUGCAGUUGAAAGGGCAGUUUAAAAAGCUUCACGGUUUGUUGUUAGAAGGUAUAAUACCAUCAACUGUUCACUAUAUGACAUAUCAAGGUUCUUUACCUUUUCCUGCUUGUUAUGAAACAGUCACCUGGAUUAUACUCAAUCAACCAGUUAUAAUCACAGAAACACAGAUAUCAAACAACUCAUCGAUUAAAAUUAUCAGCGGAGAUGUGUUAAAAUCUCUUCGUCAACUUCGAAUUUCUUCAUUUCGGGAAUCUGGUAGAAUGGCUGAUAAUUAUCGAACAAUUCAGAAACUUAAUAACCGCUCAGUAAGAACAAAUAUCGACUUUAUACAGACUGUAAGUUAUAUUACUUGUAUGGAAAAAUCAAGUGUUAAGUACAGCAUAUCUAUCGAAUUCAUUUUCUAAAACAGGACAGACUUAGCCACUUGAAAGCUCAUCUAGAACUGAACUACCACCAUUCGCGUGUAUAUAAAGUAAGUAGAGUUCUGGAAAUGUAGCCAGAAAAGUACGGCAUUAAACCAUCUUUAUUCGACUUGUUAUCAAAAUGUUUCAUAGUAGCAUUAUAAAUCACACAUUUGCGUCAUUUCUGUGCUGCAGUAAACGAGUCCAAAUAGAUUAAACAUAUGUUCAGUAUUAAACAGAGCUAUGUAGGGUAAACCAAUCAAGCAAUUUUUCUCGUAAUAAACCGUCAUCUGUUGUAUGAUAUGGCACGUAUUAUAUCACAUCUCUUAAGUUAUAAUCCGAUUACACUGCUAUGCUCUCCAUUCGGAAUAACUUUGGAAAACUAAUUGUUUUAAUUGUUUACAUUCGUUCUAUCUUAUAAGUUAAUUCAACAAUACUGCUAGCUGUUGUUCUACUUCAAAUAUUUAGGCAUUUGUAAAAAUCAAAAAUAUAUGUGAUGAAACAAAUGAAACUACUUGCAGUCCAAUCUCCUAAUUUAAGUUACGUGUGUAACCAUAUUUUUUGGCGUGAUAUUAUGAAGUCUAAACAUUCACAAUGUGAAUCUCUGUGCACGACUUGUAGGGAAGGUAAAAUAACUGUUUGAAAGAACGGAAGUAACAUAUUGUUAAUUCGUUUGGUCAGUAUAUUAACAAUAAAUAAACUUAACUCUUAAAAUGUUAUUAAACAUACAGGAUAUUGUACCAGCAAAUUCACUGAGUUCUUAUUCGGCAAACACAAGUCCACUCUACAAGCAUUAUAAGCAAAGAUGG